CUCUAUCAAUUUUCUCUUUUAAAAUAUACACAAGAAUAGAAGAAAUGGAUCAUCUUCUCCUAUUCACAAUAGGCCUAAUUGCAUUAUUACUAAACGAAAACAACCUCUCCCUUAUAAAAUUCUUUAUAUCUUUUUAUAUAAAACUUUACAAGUUUUACUAGUCUUUUAUUUAUUGAAACUUGGUUUUUUAUGCAUUUAAACCUAUGUGAGAUAGCAAUGAAAUAAGAAAAAGAAGAAGGAGAAGAAUGAUAGAGAGAGAGAGAGAGAGAGAGAGAGAGAAGUAAAAAGGGGGAAAAAGUAGAGAAAAUCUUUCAUUAACUAGACUAAUUCGCUUUUUAAUAAGAGUUAAAACUUCUUAGGCAGAACUUCAAUUUCCCCUUUUUAUAUAUUGAUUUGAAUGAUUUUUCUCAAUUUCCUUGUCUGUCUGUCCGUCUUUCUGACUGUUUGUUUGAUCUUUGUAAUCUGAUAACAACGUUUUCAACAUUAGGGCAAAGAUAAUGAUAUCAUUGAAAUUUCUAGGCAAAUGUUAAAAAAGUUAAAGAAUUCAAUAUACUAAAGUUGUUUAAUAGAGACUGGAUAAGGAGAGAUUGCAGCAGUAACUUUAUAUAGUUUAACAAAUAAACUUAAAAAAAGGGAAGAGUAUGAGCGCAUCCAGGGUGAAAUUUACCUUGCCUGAAAAUGAGAAAUCGAAAGAUGAUAUUGAUAAAAUUUUCAAUGGUCUUCCACCGAAAGUUGACAGUGCAAAGGCGGUUGAAAAGAGUUGCCACAGCAACGAUACUAUACAAGCGCAACCGUAUACUUUACACAUAAAUCCCGGAUUAAAUAAUCAUCUUUCGGAAGAAUCUUGGAAAACAUUAACCCAAGCAAAGUGUGUUUACGAAGAUCUUUUAUCACACCGAUGCUAUCGUUUAGACCAAAGACUACUAGAGAGAAAAGCUUAUUUGGAUGAGAAAAUCAAUGAUUUAUACAGAAAGGAGACAAAAGAGAGCGAGCAAGAGGCUAUGGAGUACGCGGUCAAAUGUCAAUAUCAGUUGCAAAUGCUGCAAGAGGCUAUUGUUAAAGAUUUAACGGGCAUGAUGAAAGAUUAUCAGGGUAAGCUGGAUCUAUUGACAGUUAGUCUGCUAAAAGCUACAAAAGGGGCGAGCGAAACGGACUUGUAAGAAGAAGAGGAAGAGAAAAUAAAAUAUCUUACAACAAGAAGAAAAUAUAUAUGUUAAAUGUCUGCAGUCUCUUAUCGUGUAAUUGUUAAGCUUCUUCAAUAUUCACUAUAUUUUUCUUAUAAGCAAAUUAAGGUGAGAGAAUUUUUUAUAUUUUCCCAAAAUUUCCUUUUCUUUCUGAAAGAAAAGAAAAAUCUCUAUUUAAAAUAUUUUUCUUUUAACUAAAACCGUCUCAAACAAAGAUUAUCUCUUAUACAAAGAGGGAAGAACGUUAGAGCAGUAGAAGGGCGAAAAAGCAAAAUACUUAUUUUUCACCCUUUCUCCAAUCAUUUACUCUUCCUUCUCCAUUUUCUUUUUAUUUUCCUUAAGGAAUUAAAGAUUAAAAAGAAAAGAUUAGUAAAGAGUAUUCAAGGUAAAAGUUUUAUCAGAUUUCGAUUAAUGGUAGGCAUUUUGGAUAUAUUUCAUCCAUUAAAACGUUAUUAAUAGUCUCUUAUAGAUAAGUUGUAUCGCUUUUUUUAUGUUCGUUCAGUCUUUUUAAUUCUUCUUUUCAACUAUACAUAAAGAAAGAUAUACUGAUAAUCUAUCCUUUUCUUUAUUCGUAUUCAGAGAGAGAGAGAGAGAAAUAGAUAGACAGACAGUUAGAUAGAUAGACAUAUUAACUGACAAAAACUAACGGUUAAUGCACUAAAUGUACACUUAUGUAUACGUUACAAUCGAACUUUAAUAGAGUACCUAAGGGAAUUCCUCUACUCUUUCGUCAUACUUAAUGACAUUUUUACUAUUGAUAAGGUUCAUUUCAUUCUAAGAGUAUUAAUUUAGCAUAAAUAGAAAUAUUAGGAGGAACAUCUGGACAUUUUUCUAAAUUUAUUUUAGUUUGUCUUGACAAAAAAUUUCUAAAAUUCUUUGAAUUCUUUAUACAAAAUAUAGACAAUCAAUUUAUCAGUAUAUCUCUAUCAUUUCCCAGCCAUUCAGAAAUUGGUUUAUACAUUCAAAGGGAUAUGAGAAAGUUUAAUAUUCGUCUAAACGAGCAUUUUAUGCAAACAAACGCUAUUAAGUACCAUCGUAACGAUCGUACAUUUACAUGUAUUUCAACACCAUAUGACGUCAUUUAAGGUCUCUAUGGAAAUAUAAAUUACGAAAAGUAAAACUAUUAACAAAAGCUUUUAUAAUUAGAAGGAAAAUUAUAGAUUUUUCUUCUAAAUGAAACGAAAAUAACAUUAAAUCCAUUACUUUACCGUGAGCUAACUGAAUGUUAUCUGGGUAACUGGGUGUUUGUAUACUUUUUUUCUUUCCUUCCUCCUCUUUCUUUACGGAGAGAGAGAGAGGAAGAAGAAGAAGAAGGGGAAGAAAGAAAGAAAGAGGGUACAAGUAUAAAUUUUUUAUUCUAUUUAUAUAGUUCUAAUAAUCAUUCGUCUAUUUUUUCGAAGUAAAUAAGAAGAACAAAUUGACGACAGUCUAUCGAUACCACACAUGGUCGUUGUACUUGAAUAGCAUAGAUACGCCUAUAAACUAACUAUCAUUCUUUUUAAAAUAAUAAACAUUGGCAAACUGACGACGGCGGGGGGGGGCAGAGGGGGGCCGAUAGAAGAUUUUAAAAAUUUGCAAUAAAUACAUAGGCCCAUUCAGAUUGAACACGUAAACAAUUUCCAUAUUACAGUCUGUACUGUAUAUAGAAAUCGUUAAAUGAAAAACUAAGUUAAACAGACGCAUAAGUCUCUCUCCUCUAGACGGCUUUGCCGAAAAACACAAAUAUUGAAUAGACGCUUGCUCAAAUAAAAUUGAGAAAACACAGCAUUAAAAACUGGUACACAGCAAUUUAGUAAAUCUUCUUCCCGUUAUUUUUUUGUUAUUUGAAUAUUUGAUGUAACGUUGAACAAUGAUUAUAUAGUUUUCUCUCACUCUAUCGUUUCCUCUUCUCUUCCGACCUUUUAACUUUGUAGUUUCUUAAGAUGAAACUUGAAUGAAGUUUGUUUGAAUAUUAAUAAGUAUUAUUGACGAAUCGACUAAUCAUUUAAUUGAAUAAUAUUGUAUAAUCUAUAUUGUAUAUAUACAUGUAUUAUCUUUACUAAUUUAUGGAUAAUUUAUCAUAUUUAUUACGUUAAUUACUUAAAUUAAUCAAAUAAAACGUUGGCCUACUUUGUUCAUGACAAUUUAGUGAAUAUAUGUAUUUAAAUGUAUUUUAUAUUAAACGUCAAAAAAGAAAAUGUUUGUUUUUUGUUUGUUUU